GGCGGGGCGGAGGGCCGCGGGGAGGGACUCGUGGCGCCUGCGCAGAGCGGCGGCUUCUCUCGCGAGGACGGACGCCAUUAUCGCAUCUCCCCGACAAACACCACGAGAAUUCCGCAGCCCACACGAUCGCUCUGACCGUCUCCUCCAGCGCCCGUGGUCUUCACUGCUGACUUCGAGAGUUUGGGGCCAUCUGGAGGAAUCCACUGAAACAUCUCAGUUAUCUGGUGAAGGCACUGAGAGUUAUAGGCGAUAGAAACCCGAUCCUGCCUGAGUUUGGUUCUUGCUCGUUGGCUGGCCUCUCCCCUCUCCUUCUGGAUGAUGUCGGAACAGGAUCUGGCGGAUGUGGUGCAGAUUGCAGUGGGAGACCUGAGUCCUGAUCACCCAGUUGUGCUGGAGAACCAUGUCGUAACAGAUGAAGAUGAACCAGCUUUGAAACGCCAGCGACUAGAGAUCAAUUGCCAGGACCCCUCUAUAAAGUCAUUCCUGUAUUCCAUUAACCAGACCAUAUGCUUGCGAUUGGAUAGCAUUGAGGCCAAGCUGCAAGCUCUCGAGGCGACGUGUAAAUCGCUGGAAGAAAAGCUGGAUCUGGUCACGAACAAGCAGCACAGCCCCAUCCAGGUCCCCAUGGUGGCAGGCUCCCCUCUCGGCGCGACGCAGACGUGCAACAAAGUGCGAUGCGUCGUCCCCCAGACUACAGUAAUACUCAACAGUGAUCGGCAGAACACCAUUGUAGCCAAGAUGGACGACCCCUUGAGCAACAGGGCGCCGGAUUCCCUGGAAAAUAUCAUUAGCAACGCGGUUCCCGGGCGUCGGCAGAAUACCAUUGUGGUGAAGGUGCCGGGUCAAGAAGACAGCCACAACGAGGACGGGGAGAGCGGGUCCGAGGCCAGCGACUCCGUCUCCAACUGCGGCCAGUCGGGAAGUCAGAGCAUCGGCAACAACGUCACCCUCAUCACCCUGAACUCCGAAGAGGACUACCCCAACGGCACCUGGCUGGGGGAUGAGAACAACCCCGAGAUGCGGGUGCGCUGCGCCAUCAUUCCCUCCGACAUGCUCCACAUCAGCACCAACUGCCGCACGGCCGAGAAGAUGGCGCUGACGCUGCUGGACUACCUCUUCCAUCGGGAGGUGCAGGCUGUGUCCAACCUCUCGGGCCAGGGGAAGCACGGCAAAAAGCAGCUCGACCCCCUCACCAUCUACGGGAUCCGGUGUCACCUGUUCUAUAAAUUCGGAAUCACAGAAUCUGACUGGUAUCGGAUCAAACAGAGCAUCGACUCCAAGUGUCGGACAGCCUGGCGCCGAAAACAGCGAGGCCAGAGCCUGGCCGUCAAGAGCUUCUCCAGGAGAACACCGUCCUCGUCCUCGUACAGCACUUCAGAGACCAUGAUGAGCACGCCGCCACCUGCCACGGAGCUGCAGCAGCCCCCGCAGCAGGCCCUGCACUACGCCCUGGCCAACGCCCAGCAGGUCCAGAUCCACCAGAUCGGAGAGGACGGCCAGGUCCAAGUAAUCCCACAGGGUCACCUCCACAUCGCCCAGGUGCCUCAAGGGGAGCAGGUGCAGAUCACGCAGGACAGUGAGGGCAAUCUACAGAUACACCACGUGGGACAGGAUGGGCAGGUACUGCAGGGGGCCCAACUGAUAGCCGUGGCCUCUUCUGACCCAGCCGCUGCAGGGGUGGACGGCUCACCUCUCCAGGGCAGUGACAUCCAGGUCCAGUACGUCCAGCUGGCGCCGGUGACUGACCACACCACUGCAGCUCAGACGGCCGAGACCCUGCAGCCCACCCUGCAGCCCGAGAUGCAACUCGAGCACGGAGCGAUUCAGAUCCAGUGAUGCAGGCCGGGCCGCCCGACUGCGACAGGACCCGAGCCGGGGCCGCCCCGCGCUCAGCACCGGCUCCCGCCAACCGCCCUGUUCUACGUGCCCCGGUCCCACGGCUUCUCACGGGAGGUGACUGCACGUGUUCUGUCAAAGUGCGUCCGAGAGCCUCGUCCACGGGGGAAGUGCCCCAGUAAAUAAAAGAUGGUAACAACCACCCCCUCUGCCAGAAGACCCCCUUUCUUUUGAGUCAUACUGUUGGUGUCAGAGAAAGAUUGGGGAAGCACAGUGUGGAUUGUAUUCAGUUCACGCGGAGAAUCAAGAACUACAAUAUUUUUCUCUGUUCAAACAGCUUUUUUUAAUUUGCUAUGGUGUUUAUAACAAAAAAGAAAAUUGAAAAAAAAGUGGAGUAGCAGAAGCCUUUUGCUGUGUGCUCUGUCAGUGUAAUGAAAAUAGGUAUUUGCAAAGACAACUAAUGAUUUUGAUGGAAAUAUUGCUUACCUACUUUUCUAGGGGGAAAUGCUCUCAACACUGUAAUUAUGCAUUUCUAAUGAAAUAAAAUGUAUUUAUGACCACA